CUUAAAUUUAAUACGUUAUUAAAACUCAACUGUCAAGGUUAAUGUAUAAAAUAGUGAAAAAAAAAACCUAAAAACAAAUGUGUUGAUUAUUCUGAAAUGGAGGAAUUACUACUUAUUAACAACAGAGGGAGUAUAUCUUAGAAUGAAUUGUUCAAGCUCCAAAUAGGAAGUCCUUCUAUAGUUCUAUCUUUCAAGUUUCAGCCUACAAAUUAUUCAACCAUUCCAAUUUCCAAACAAACCAAAAACAACAUUAAAGUCCAAACAUUAAAAGAACACCUCAACCCAGCCCAAAACUCUACAAGCCCAAGCCCAAAAUUUCUCUCUCCUCCUCUCUCUCCCCACAACGCCGUACUUCCCCUCUCACAAACCCACCAACACAAACCCUCCACCAUUCUCUCCCCCCCACCAUUUUUCACCCCACCAUGGCAUCCACCGUCGGACCACCACCACCGUCCGAUCGCCUCUCCCUCGAAUCAAUCCCAACCAUCGAUCUCCGCCUCCUCUCUCAAUCCGAACUUACCGCACUCUCUCUCUGCUCCGCCCACGCCUUCGACCUCCGCCGUUGCGACGACGUCGUCAUCCCCAAAAUCGACCGCUCCGUCUUCAACGAAUCCGCCGGCAGUCGCAAACAAACCUACUCUCGUCUCCGCCUUGCGCCGCGCAACGUCGGUAACAAUCUCGCUACACCACCCAAACCUCGCCCUUCUUUCACUCCUCUCGACGCCGACAACUCUCGUAUAAUCUCUCUCUUCAAGUCGCUCUUCAAUGGCGGAAUUCACGACGCCGGGAAUAGCGUCGGUAAUGGUGACGACUUCUCCGCGCUUGUUCCUGUUAAUGUUGAGUAUAGCGACGCCUUUCUCGCUGGCGAGGAAGGCGUCGGCGGCGGCGGAGGUGGAGGAGAGAGAAAGCGGAAGCGAGGAAGGAAGGCGAAGAGUGAGUUGAUGAGUGUUGCUGCGGCUGCGACGCCAGUGACGACGGUUGCAUUGGUAGAGGAAGAGGUGAAGGAUGAGGAGGAGAAGGCGGCGUUAGAGGAGGAGAGAGAAAAGGAGUUGGUGAAUAAAAAUGGAGAAGUGGUGAAUUUGGCGGAGUUGGCGAAGAAGGAGGAUCCGUAUGGGGAGGAGAUAAGGCGGCGGACGGAAGGGAAGGAAAGUCCUGAUGAAUUGUUAGGGUUUAUUAGGGAUUUGAAUGGAGUUUGGGGGAGUAGAAGGAAGAAGAGGAAGAUUGUUGAUGCUAAUGAAUUUGGAGAUUAUCUGCCUAAUGGUUGGAAGGUUUUGAUUGCUAUGAAGAAGAAGCUCGGUCGCGCUUGGGUGUUCUGUCGCCGAUAUAUAAGUCCUAAUGGACGGUAUUUUGUGUCCUGCAAGGGAAUCUCGUCUUAUUUGCUCUCCCUGACUAGCCCUGAAGAUUUAAAGCUGCUAACUGCUGUUCAGUACCCAGAAGCUUCAGUGGCUGACAACAAAUUUGCUUCUGAAAAUUCUACAGAUCUGGGGACCAAAACUGAGUACCCGUCAUUAUGUGUGUCUCCUCAAUCUAACGCUUACGAAAAUCAGCAGAAGCUGCUCUCUUCUUCGCAAACUACUGAUAAUGAAAAGCAACUGUCCUUGUUGACAACAGUCCACCCAGGAGAGGUGCAAGCAGCAUCUGCUUUGAAGUGCCACAAAUGUUCCUCUGGUUUUGGUGAAAAGGAUGAGCUUUUGAGCCACCUCUUAUCAUGUCACAAGAGGAAGCGACGAAAAUCUGGUGAACCUGUUGAAGAUGAUGUUGUGAUGAAAGAUGGAAAGUAUGAGUGUCAAUUUUGUAACAAGGAGUUCCAUGAGAGGAGCAGCUAUUUUGGGCAUGUUGGCAUACACGUGAAAAACUAUGUGAAGAGUAUUGGUGGGUCACCAGGUAUGCUAGUGACAACCAAGCCAAAAAAAUCUUCUGUAGCUGUUGCUGAAGUCCCAGUAACUGCCUCUGAGACAGUACGAGAUGUAGAAAUGAAUGUCGUUCCCGUUGCUUCAGUUUCUAAUGUUCUAGCCAGUAGUGACCUUAAUACAAAUUCAUCUGAUAGCAAGCCUGAAGCUGGUAGCAAGGCUGAAACACAUUUGGGAAAUGAUAAAUCUGACCAAAACAAUAUGUCUCUUCAUGCUGAGCUGAAUAAGGAAGCUGCUCAAAUUGAUAAAAUAUCAUCUGAAGAUUCUUCUGGUAAACAUGAUGGAAUCACCCAUACUACUGAUAAUAAUGGCAGGGAGGUAGAGGAGGCAGUUGAGUUUUCUGCUAUGAAGCCUGAUAAUUGUUCUGUUUCAGAGGAGGUGUAUAAUAGUGAGAAUAAUGAUUUAUGCGAGACCCUUGGCGGAAUAACUGCAGCUGAAUGUGUAGAUUCUGAAAUAAAAUCUUCACUUGCACUGGUUGGAAAUGUUGAAUCUUGUACCCUUUCAGAUAGCAAACGGGUAGAUCUUGGAAAUGAUGUCACUGACAACCUCUUGCAAAAGGAUAGUGUGACUUCUGAAAAUAAUCUGCAUACUGAAAAUAAAGAAAACUUAUUAGGUGAUCAGAACUCAGAAGAUAGGUCAUUGGAAGUUAAAACUGUCGAGCAUAGUUGUUUUAGUGAGAGUUUGGAAGUUGGGAAUGAUGACAGGUUGUUGGAGAAUUCCAACAACAGUGGCCAUCUUGAUCUUGACAUUGUGGCUGCUGAUGAAGUCCAGCAUACCGGAAGCUUGGACGAAUAUACAGAAGUCCUUUGCAAGGAAGAGGAAACAUGUGGUUUUACCACCAACAAGAUUGAGCUUAUGGAAUCUCCAUUGGCAGCUUCCAAUGAGAACAGUUCUUGUCCUCCAUCAGGGGAUCAACCUACAACUAUGAUGCAGAAUUAUGUUGGGAAAGAUUUUUUUGGCAUGGUAAGUGAGACGGAGGUCGACAUGUGUAGCUUGGAAGACAAUGAAGCAACAGUUGAUGUUGAGAGGUGUAUUUCUCAGGAAAGACCUGAAAGCUGUGCAACUCUUCUAUUAAAAGAUAAUGGUUGUGGUUAUAUUGCAAAUGAGGCUCACACAGUUCCCCUUAUAAAUAUGAUAGAACCUAAAGAAACAGGAGUUUUUCAGAUUGAGCAAACUUGUAGCCUUGAGAAUAGCCCAAGGGAGCUGUCAAAUAAAAAAAGUGAGGAGCCUAAAAAUGACCCAGUUAUGAAUUCAAGCAACCUAAUUUUAACUCCUGGAAGUAAUGAUAGACAUUUAGGUGCUAAUGUUAUAGCUAGCAGUGAUCAAGGACAUAGUGAUGUCUCUAAUCUACUAGGGGCCUUCAGUAACUUUGUAGAGGAUAAGCAUAAUCAAGUUCCAAAAGGUCUUCUGUCGGACCUUUCCAUUAACGAGCACAUGCGUGAAGUUGCCAUGAAUAGUGUGACAGAUGUUCCUUCCACUACAACUACAACACAGCUUCCUGAACUUGAUAAGGUGGACGUCUCAAGGACUAAUAAGAUGAUUUUUGAUUUUGACAAUAUCCCUGAAAUGAAUGCAAGAUUCCUUAGUUCUGUGCAGAAUGAGACUGUUCCUGAAGGGACUUCCCCUUUUUCACUGUGGGGGCAGCAAACAUGUACAAUUGAAGACAAUCAAACGAGGGUUUAUGGAGGUGCUAGGGGUGUUUCUCAGCAAGAGAGGGCUUCUGACAAUAAUUCACUUAAUCUAGUAGGUCUUCAGCAACCUACAGAUGUAGGAUAUAACUUGAACAAGGUCUGUAUGAAUGAGCAAAGGUAUAGUGUUCAGCAUAAUGAAACUGGUGUAUACAGAAAUAACAAUGAAAUUGAGAGGGAGGGGAUAUACAGUGGUGCCAGGGGUAUUGUUCAGCAGGAGAGGGCUUCUGAUAAUAAUUUGCUUAAUUUGGUCGGUCUUCAGCAACCUUCAGAUGCAGGGUUUAAUUUGAACAAGGUCCAUAUGAAUGAGCAAAGAUAUGGUAUGCAGCAUAAUGAAUCUGGAGUAUACAGAAAAAGUAACGAAGCCAGGAGAGAGGGGAUAUCUCAUGGAAACACUCUGAAUCUAGCUGGUCUUCAGCAGCAAUGUGAUGCUGGAUAUAACUUGAACAAGCCCUGUAUAAAUCAGCAAAGUUAUGGCAUGCAAUGCAAUGAAACUGGAGCUUACAGUACAAGCGAUGAGUCCAAACAAGAGAGGGUGGCUUAUGGAAACUCUCUUAGCCUAGCUAGUGUUCCUCAAACAUGUGAUACCAGGUAUAGCUUGGACAAAGCUUGCAUUCAGCAAGCAUGUGACACAGGUUUUAGUUUGAACAAGGGAUAUAUGGGGAACAUGCAGGAAUUUUCUAAAUUAGAUGAACUUGGACACUCUCGGGAUCGAGACUUAAUGGUUGGUUUUGGAAAUGGUGGUGGAAGACCUAGUCAGGGUGUUGCAAAUGAUUUUUUAUGGAGAGCAACAGAUGGAAAUAUUUUACCCGGUGGUUUAAUGGAUUCUUCACCAUCCCAGGGACAGUCAUCAGGCUCCUAUCAAGCAUUUGAUUUCCUUUCAGACAAGGGUGGGAAUGAUCUGUAUGCUGCUAAUGAGAAAUUUGAUAAUAUUUCAAGCUUCGAAGGGCUGAGACCUACCAAUGUGGAACCAAUGGAAUUCAGUUUCAUGACUACGCAAGAGUCAAAUGCUCAAUUGGAUCACCAAAAGGUCAUGUCAUACAAUGCACAGAUGAAUCAAGGAUUUGGUUGGCAUCAAAAACCAAAUGCCAUGCCAAAUAUGAUGACUGGACAUGUUGUUAGCACAUUAUGUGUUUGGUGUGGAAAUGAAUUUCAUCAAGAUUCACUGGGUUGUGAAAUGCAAGCUGGUUCAAUUGGUUAUCUAUGUCCAACCUGCAAGGCUAGAAUGUCAGGGCAAUUCCUGUAGAUGAGUUGUUCCUACAUUCGUGGUCAGGCUCAAUAAAUGGUAAAGUUCACAUCUGAUGCUGAUGCUGUUUGUAUUUUGUAAUUUUGUUGUAAAUUGAUUUAGUUCCAUCAUGCAUUCAUUCAUGUUCUCGGCUCUACUCGGAUUAGAAAUGGUAGGUGUGAUUUCUUUUGGGAAAAAAAAUGAAUGCAACAAUGUGUAUAGUGCUGCGUUUAGUUUCUUAGGCUAAUCAUACUUAGCUAUGCUACAUUAGUUGAGUUUCUAAGAAUGCAACAAUCUAUAGAGAUUUGUGCAUCUGCUGAUAUGGAAACUCCCAUAUGUUUUGAAGGGCUUUAGGCUUAUCUUGUUUAACACUUAGUACUUAGUAGUAGCAAUAUAAAUUCCUUAAUGGUUGACUUUUACUGUUGUUUCUCAGAAAAUGAAUGAAGCUAAUAGGUGAGUUUUACAGAUCUUAUGCUCUA